UAAAUCAAUAUAAAUAAACAUCAUAAAUGCGUUUCAUAAAAAUAGACAUGUAAUAGUUUUUCGAAAUUUUAACCAUAAAAUUGAUGCAAAUUUUUAGUUCGGCUCUUUUGACACAUUAACAUAAGAUAAAAAAUAAGAAAGGCAAUUCUGAUCUCAAACGAAAUUUUUUCCAAAUAUACUAAUAAAUACAAUCAUAAUGUAUAACUGCUGCAAUUACAUGUGUUAUACACCAUCUUGCUACAAUGAGAGCAGUAUCUGCGAGCAUGGACCUUGCGUACCAAGUAAAUGUUGCAUUCCAAGCAUUAGGACAGUAUACAUGGAACGGGAGUUUAGAGUUGGCAGCGCUGAAUAUGAUCUUUUAGGGCAUAAAUUUGCAUCACCAAAAUCUCAGUAUAAAAGGAUAACGAAAAAUGGAAGUAAAAGCGAAGCAUGUGAAGAAACAUGUGGAAAAGCAAUAUCUGAUAAAGUGAAAAUGAUAAUGGAUAAGCUGGAUUCAAUGGAAAAUAAUUUACUUGCUCAGUUUGAAGCUAUAAGUAGUCGCUUGGGUAUAAUUGAAAGUUCUUUGGAGAAAGAUAGUGACAGUUUGGACAAUGUACUUGGUGCAUUUGAUAAUAUAACUCGUGCUAGUGGAGUUAGUACACGGUCUACCAUAAGUGGUCGUAGAAGUACUAGAUUUAGUCGCCCCAGUAUUCGCUCUUCUAUAAAUAGUCGAAGGAGUAGUAGAUUUAGAAGUUCUAGAUUCGGUAAAGAUGAAAUGUUGGAGAACAAAAGCACUGAAACAAGUGAUGACAAUUUAAGUGAUGACAGUGUUGAGUUAUUAUCUAAAAUUAAUUUUGCCAAUGCAAGUAUAAGUAUCAAUGUCGAUUCACAAACAGAUCUUAAAGACUUCGCUAGAGAUGCCAAAGUACCACAAUUUACGGCCUUUUACCCAUCAAAAUUCGUACAUAUUCCACUUAAUGAUAUGGUAGUUGUAAAGGAUAAAGGUGAAAUAAAAAUAAAAGUAAAUGUUGGUGAACAACGUGAUGAUGAAGAAAAAGGUGAAUCAGAAGAUGAGAGUAAAACUCAUCAUCUUUAAUACUUGAUGUAAUAAUUAGCAUGAAUUUUAUGGUAAAUUCUAUCAUGUAUUAUAAACUAUUACAAGUUUUUCCUAAAGAAGGCUAGUGGUACUCACAGUCUGGAGUGAGAAGCUCAGUAAUUGAUUAAUAUAGAAACAGCAACAAAAAUAAUUUCUGUCAGUAAAACUAAAUCAGUAAUAAUUGACCGUGUUUCUAUGUAACUUAGUUACAGAGAUCGUUACUAGAAUACUAGAUUGUGAAUACCUCUUGUAUAUUUAGGAAAAAUUGAAGUAUUUUUGAAUCGAUAAUAUUUAAAAUGUAUUUAUUUAAAAUAUUGAGUUUUUUUUAAUAAU